UGUGUGCGGCGGUUCCACCAUUCAGCUGACUGAGACUGACAUUAGUCAAUUUAUUUCCAUCCAGUCGAGUUCCAGCUGUAUUGGACUGUUGAUAUUUAAAUAAUUGGGUGUUCAUGAUGCUUAUUCUUUGAUUUCAACAUUAGUUUUUAUUUAAAACAGGAAACGACACGAUUACAACAUUCAUUGUGAAGCUUACUGUUGAGACGAACAAAACAAGUUAUUUGCACUGUUACAAGUUUUUAGUGGUGUAUGGUUCUGAGUGGAUUGCUAUAUAUUGUCGUUUCUUUCACUUACUCUAAAAUUUAAUUCGGUAAACAUAUAUUUGUUUUUUAUAAUAAUUCAAAUAUAUAACUAAAAACUUUAAUAUCUAACAUGACAGAAUCAGGACAAGCCGAGGCAUGUAAGUCUACUCCAGAAGAAAAUGAAGAUGAUGAUGAAGAUUUUGAAAUGGAACAUUCUGAUGAAGAAAUGAGGAUGAAAGAUGGUAAAGAAUGGGAGCCGUCUCCAGAAGAAAUAGCUGAACUCUUUGAGAGAAUUGAAAAAGAAAAAGUAUUGGAACUUGAUUGGACAACGCCUGGACGAAGACCUCCAACACCAGCAGUAAAACAUGAUUCACAGAAAGAAGUAGAUGAUGUCGCUGAGGGUAAACAAGAAGAAAAGUCUGAUUUUGAUUUCCAAGAUGAAAUGACAAGUAUGAAGUUGUCAUCAAAAGCAAUUAGACCAGCAGGUUCUGAUGCUGGACCUAGAGGAAGUGCAAAAAAGAAAACUACCAGUCUUGAUGCAAUUUUGUCAAACAUGGCUAGGCAUAGAAAACUUGAUAUGAUGGAGGAUGAUGACGAAGAUCCUCUCCCUUAAAAUACACUAACUCAGGAGAAAAAUCUUCAGUCACAAGUUGAAUGGUGUUCAAACAACAUUAAAAAUAUGGUAGGAUAUAGCUCAGCAUUUGUUGUAUAGUUCAACCCUGUUGUACUAUUACAUUAAACUUUAAUACGUUUGCUCUCCAGGAAACACGUAACAGUUAUUAUUGUUAGCCUAUUUUAUUUUUGUGCUUAGAAUGGCCAGUAAGGUAUUUCAGAUCUUGACAGUUAUUAGCUAUGCUAUUCUGUAUUUUUGACUGAGUUAGUUUUAAGUUCUAGCUCUAGAUAUGAGUAAAAUGAUAAAUCAUAGUUUAGUAUUAUUUUAAUGUUAGAACAACAAUUCAUUACAAUUCAUUAACUGAAAAUGAGAACAUCAUCCUUCAAAUGACAUUAAAUAUUUCCUUCUCUUAUAGUUCUGAGUUCACCCACCUUGUCAUAAGAAAUAGGCUGUGGUCAAACUAAAAAUAUUACAAACACACAUGACAGAUUAAAAACAUAAAAAUCACCAAAAUUGGCCAUACUAUGUUAUAUGGAUUAUGCAUGUAAUCAAUAUAACAUUAAGCUUAAUAAGACCAUGUGAAAAGUCCAUUUGGAGUGAUGUAGCUUGACUCCAGUUAUAGCUAUUGGAACUCAUCACAGCCUACUUCCUAAGACAAGGUAGGUAAACUCCAAGGGAAGGAAAUAUAUUAUUACCUCAUCUAAAAACAAUAUCUUUUAGAAAGAAAAAAAACAGAAAAAAAGUCUCAAUACUAGUUUUGGAAAGAUUGAACAGUAAAACUUGUAUAAGCAGUUUAAGUAAUAUAUCACUUCAAGAGAAAAUAGACCUGGUGAAUAAACAAGCUGAGGAAGCAGUUCGAAUUGCUGAUCAGCAUUUUUUGUCAUUUCUGGGCAUUAUAUUGCUAUAUUUAAUUUAUACAAAGGUGAUGUCUACUAUUCACCAAUAAUACAUUUUCUCUUUUCAAGGUUGUCAAUGAAGAUAAUUCCUUUAGUGUCCAAUAACACUGAUGUCAUCACCUUUUCAGUAGAUGAAUGUUUUUUGCCAUUUUGGAGUUGCUUCUCCAUGUGCUGUCCCUAGUUUUAACUGCUGUUUUAUUUCAAGAGUGUGUUAAUAUGUGUGAGUUUUAUUCAUCAUUAUAAUAUGGUACAAAAAUGCCACUGGAUUUGUAUAAAAAACAGUAGUAAGUAAAUGUUGCACUCAUCUGUGCAAAGUUUUUUUUAUGUUGAAUUCAAUCAAGUGAAUCCACUUAGUAGUUAAAAAGUCUGUGGUCCUUGUUAUUUGUGAAUUUUCACGUGCCUGUGAAUUGAAAACAAAUCAUGGACUUUGUCAAUAAUGUUAUGUAUAUCAGAAGAUUUCAGGGCUCUAUAAUGUUAUACAAUGCAUCUCUAAUGCUUGUCCUUUCACAGUUCAUAUUUUUUACCCAGAGCUUUACAAUUUCAUGGAUAGAAUAUAAUGUAGAUAAAUUCCUCUAGUACAUUUCCCUUGCUGUUUUCACUUACAGAAAAAAAUCACAACACAUUUCAAUUUAGUUUUUUAUUAUUUUUUACUCAAGACACUGGUUACUUAAACAGCUGCUAACCAACAAAUAACUCUGUAAACAUCCUUGAAAUCCUAGAUCAUUUAAUUUCAGGAAUGAUUCUUAAGGACUAAAUAUGUAGGCCAGCAAUAUAUAUAUAUAUAUAUAUAUAUAUAUAUAUAUAUAUAUAUAUAUAUAUAUAUAUAUUAAUAGUAUGUAUUAGGACUAAAUAUUGAAACUUUAGUUCAUUUACUGUAAUUAAUUCCAAUAUAUAUUUGGAUUGUGUUUUGUUAGUUUAAAUGAGUUCCUCAAUUAUGUUUAUUUUUCGGUAAUCAUAUAUUGUCCACAUUUCAACCACAUACCUCUUGUGCCUCUGAACACUUGUCCAGUGUGCUCCUUCUCAAAAUGCUAAGCUGUAAGCAUCAGAUAUUGCCAAAUUAGAAUUCAUUGUAGUAAAGAAUAAAGAUGUUUUUCCACCAGAAUCACUAUUUUGAAAUAUGUCCUAAAACAUACGAAGGACUCAGGGAAAUACCAUAGCAAGAUAUUCUUUUGUCCAGUGCAAGGAUGUAACUAUAAAGACUGUUAGCUAUUAGCUAGGCCAUGUGCAAGUAGAAUAAUUUUUAGCUCAAGUGUGUAACAUGAUUUAAAGCAGUUACCUUGUUAUUAAAAUGUGUGUUUGAAACAGUAUAGUAUACUCUACAUAACUUAAAGGUUGUGUCAUUUUUAGGGUUGAGCAUAUCAUACUGGCUCAAACACACAUUUUAAUAACAAGGUAACUGCUUUAAAUCAUGUUACACACUUGAGCUAAAAAUUAUUCUACUUGCACAUAACUAUAUGUGUAACUAUAUCAUUUAAUAUAUCCAGUUUGUAUUUUUUUUAGAUAGUUAAUUGAAUUUUAAUUUUUGUAAUACUGGUGUAACUUUUCAAACUUUUCAGAGCAGAGCAAAAAUGGGUUUUCCUAUUUGUUGUCCUGGGCCUCAUUGUAAGAAAGCCAAUAGGAAUUUGUGUUAUCCUGUUUUGUACUGUACUAUAUAGUAUGACUUAGUUUAAGAUCAGGAGGAAGGGGAAAAGAACUCACUAGCUAUGAGUGCUGGUUUCCUCAUAAAUAAUGAUACUGUGUUUAAGCAUAUUCAAAUCACUAAAUAUUAUAUUUAUAAAAGGGAAAACUUCAGAAAAAAAUAAAACCAACAGAAUUGUGGAAGGUUAAGAUUAGAGUACUUGACUUACAUUAUUGUAAAAACAAUUAUCACCUAGCCUAAACAUUACUUUUGCCUCCAAAAGUGGUUAUAUUGAAUAAAUAAUGUUACAAUACUUAAUCUUCACACUUCGUUUUUUGUUGUACUAAAUUAUCCAGAUACGGGUUUGGUACCCCAUCAUCAGAUCCUUUGUUGAAAUAGUGUUCAACACGUUGUCUGGUAAUUGUAUUGCAAUCUUAUUUAUUCAAUUGCCUAGUCAUCAGAGACCCUAAAUGAUAAUGGGACAUAGGUGAGGGUUACUUGUUUUUGUGUUAGCUAGCACCCCAACAAGAACAUUCUGUAUUGUUUCAUUUAGAAAAUGCGGCAUUUCAUUUAGACUAAAGAACCGAUAACAUUAAAUCUACUUUUCCAGAAUAUUAUAAUACAAAACUCCAAUGUUGUUGUAUAGGAAAAAGGUUUGUGACCUUGAGUACACAUUCCUGACAUAUCAUUUUUAGUGAUCUGUGCUGGAACCAUCACAUUCUCACACAUACACAUAUGAUGUUGAUCAUAUUGAUACAUACAUAUUAGUUGAUUAUUUUAUUUUUUAUCGUGUUAAAACACAAGUCCUAAGUGGGAUUCAAACCUAGGCCUCUGAAAUAAUAAGCUAUCAUGAGUACAGAUACAGAAGGAUAAUUUAGCUAUUAGGGAUUCCAAAGUGGAGGCUGUAGAACAAGACAACACUCACAAAUGAUUUUGAAAGUGCUAAUAGUUUGAGUAUGUUUCUGUUGAAUUAUGACAAUACUUGUAACUCAAAAAGGUGAAUAUUAAUUUGUUAGAAAAAUUAGACAGUGGGUGAGAUCAUUAAAACCUGCUUUCUAUACCGACAAGUGUUUACAACAUAAAGAAACAAAUCAUAGUAAUUAUUAAUGUAAAAUCACACGUGAUGUGAUGAGUUUAUACUUUGUUUUAUUUUAUGAACCGUGAUGUUUCAAAAAAUCAACAGAACAUUUUUUUCUUUUAUUAAUAAAUUGUUACUAUUUUAAAAACAGAUACUGAAAUUGUAUGAUUGGGUUACAGCAAUAUGGCACUCGUAGCAGGAGAAUUCUAAUCCCUAUAGUAAAAAAUUUGAAAAUAUACAACAUUCACAUAAAUGUGUUCUACACUUAAGCCUGUUCACUAUGUCAAAUGCAGCGUUAGUUGUAAGUAUAGUAUUUAAGAAAUAAAGACUGUGAAUUAGGUAAAUCAUACUCUUGUUGAUGGACCUUUUACAAUAUCUAUUAUACUAAGUUUAAUAUUUUCAUAGUUUUGUGUAAGUGCCUGUUCUGUAACAUAUUUAUGUGUUGUUAAUUUUGUAAAUUUUUAAUAUGUCAAUAACAUUUUAAUAAGCA